AUGGGACAGAGCAGCUCCAACAAUACCAAUAGCAACAACUCUAAUAAUAGCAACAACAGUAGCAAAAACAACUGCUCACCGCAAACAAACCACAACAACAGCCAACAUACUCCACCGCAUCCCUCCUCGCAUCCACACAACUCCACUUCUUUAUUUUCCCUCCAGCGCCGCGGGGGACAUCCGCCGGUGAUGAUCCCCGCAGAGCCCGUCAACGUCGUCCCCACGCCACUCCCACCGGACUCCCCGGCGACCAACGCAAACACAAACACCAAUAUGAAUAUGAAUAGAAACACCAACGCCCAUCAUCUCACUUCUUCUUCUUCCUCUUCUUCUUCGUGGCUGGCGACGACGGAGGCGAAACUCACGCGCGAGUGGGCGGCCGGCCGCAGACGACAACAACACGGCGUCGCGGCGACUUCCCCGCACGUCCCGCUCACGUGCGCCGCCGCGUCUUUUCCCGACAACCGCACGACUGCCAUUCGCCACCCGCCGGCCGACGGCGAGGCGCCCGCGACGGAGCUGCCGGUCGGGAAGGAAUUUUUUCUCGCGCUGCGGGCGGCGUGGCGGGAGGAGGCGGCGCCGCGCGAUGUGUUGCCGCCGACCGACGAGGCGGACCUCGACGACUCGUUCAUCCACGACGCGAUCGAGGACACGGUGGGCACGGUGCUCGCGCCGCCGGUGCCGCUGGCGUACAUGGUGUCGGAGAUCCUCGUGCCGCAGUGGGAGCUGGGCGGGCUGUAUGAUGCCCCCGCCGUCCGCAAUAACCCGUGA